AGGUGCAAAACAAGAAAAAUACCACCCAGCCCACUCUGCUUCUCAAUCUCGUCCCCAAACACAGCCCUAGAUGCCUCUGAGAGAGUCGCAAUCUUUUCAAUUAUUUUGGCCAGGUGCAAAACAAGAAAAAUACCACCCAGCCCACUCUGCUUCUCAAUCUCGUCCCCAAACACAGCCCUAGAUGCCUCUGAGAGAGUCGCAGCUCCCACCAGAACUCUAUCCUCCAUCACAUUUUGAUUAAUCAAUUCCAACUGUUUUGCAAUGGAGCCUCUCUUCGAAAACCUAGGAUCCUUCAGCUGCGAUGCACCUCCACUUUUUCCUUCCAACCAACUUACGCUGAUUACCUAAAUAAGUUUGACUACCGCAACCCUUGUCUUCUCCAUUUUUGGCUUCCAGAACUGCUCGACUCCACGAUCAGGGACGUGAAGAGCCAUCAGGAAUUACAGCUCCAGGAUCGUUCCAAAAUUCUUUAGCUAAUUCACAAAAAUCGCUCGUGAAAUUUCCCCAUCCAUCACCUCUUGUGUCGCUAGGAAUGUACAUUGAAAAUUUCUUGCCUUUUUUGCCACGUUUGUCCACUUAAUCAACAUCCAUUAUUGUGAUAUGAAUACUUCAAAAUCCUCUUUCCAUCCGAUCAAAGACCGAAAACUCAUCAGUGAACCCGAAGCAACCCCUUUAGAAAACCACCUGUUUUGAUUCUUUCGAACAUGAUUAUUCUCAACCAUGAGCAGAGAGAUGUCCCCGACCCUGUCCAAACACAGUUCGAAGGAUUUUACUUCAAUCUGGAAUGGUAGAUUCAACAUAGCCUACAGCAAGCGGCUCCACAGCACCUGGUUUUGUGAGAAAAGCUUGAGAAGUGCUUUAGCUUAUGAAGCCAUGCGAAGUUAUCCGAAUGCUUUGGGUAGAAAAAUGAGGUUUAGCAGUUUCCUCCUGGCCAGGAUUUCAAAAUUAUGUUCUCGAUCAAAGCACAAAUUUGCAGAGAAUGGCAAGGGAAGAAUCUCAGAUCGGUCAGAAUUGCUCAAUAAGGUAUCAGUCUUAAUGUGUUAUAACUGUUUGGAUGAGUUAAUCAACAAUGGAAGAGCUUCAAAGGAAUCUGAUAUAAACCUUAAAGAGGAGAUGGAUGACUCUGAUGUCUCCUUGGCAUGUAGAAGAUUUCCCUCCAUCAUCUUGGGCGGUUCUUCACUUGUGGAAUUGUAUGAUGGGGCCACUUCUUGGUCUGAAAUUAGUCACAUUUUGGCUACAAAGUGGGUUGAUCCAGAUAGCCUUUGUGAAACAUGGCAUCCUUUGUAUCCCACCCAUCGACAUGUGCACUCUUCCUCAUUUGGAGAAAGUACUCCUCAGCCCCUGAAUGUGAAAAAUGAUAUAAAUCCAGAUCUUCUGGUCAUGACAGGGGAAGAUUCUACUAUGAGGCUUGAAUCAAAACAAAAUGCAGCAUCGUUUGAGUUGCCUCUUGACAAAUCUAUUAGUUGCAUACCUGGUUUAAGUAAGAGGCAAUGCAGUCAGCUUGAAAAGUGUGGCUUUCACACGCUAAGGAAAUUGCUUCAGCAUUUUCCUCGGACCUAUGCUGAUUUGCAAAAUGUACAGGUUGGAAUUGUUGAUGGGCAGUACAUGAUUUUCUUUGGGAAAAUCUUAUCUUCCAGAGGAAUCAAAACUAGUUGUUGCUUUGCAUUUCUGGAGGUUGUUGUGGGUUGUGAGAUUGGUGACAGUGAAGUGACUUCUGAACGUAUGAUUGAGGAUGUUGAUGGUCAAGGAAAGAAGAGAAUUUACUUACAUUUGAAGAAGUUUUUCCGUGGUACCCGUUUCACAAGCAAGCCUUUUCUUAAAUGUCUCCAGGAGAAACAAAAAGAGGGAGAUAAUGUAAUUGUUUGUGGUAAGGUGAGGACUAUGAAUAUGAAGGAUCACUAUGAAAUAAGAGAAUAUAACUUGGAUGUGAUUGAGGAUGGGCGAAAUUCGUCUGUUUGUGCCAAAGAGAGGCUGUAUCCUAUUUACCCAUCAAAGAGAGGUGUAAAACCAAAUUUUCUGCAGGACAUGAUUUCAAGGGUUUUACAGGCCUUGCCUAUCAACGUUGAUCCAAUUCCUAAAGCCAUUACUCAGGACUUUGGGCUGCUGCGUCUUCAUGAUGCAUAUAUUCGAAUUCACCAGCCAGAGGAUUUAAAUGAGGCUGAUUUAGCUCGUAAAAGGCUUAUAUUUGAUGAGUUCUUUUACCUUCAGUUGGGGCGAUUAUUUCAAAUGCUUGAAGGUCUCAGAACACAAAUAGAAAAGGAUGGAUUGUUGGACAAAUAUCGAAAACGUAGAUUAAAUGCGGUUUUUAGUGAGGAGUGGUCAAGUCUCACCAAGACAUUUUUGAAGGCUCUUCCAUAUUCCCUUACUUCAAGUCAGUUGACCGCUGUUUCUGAGAUUAUUUGGGAUCUAAAGUGGCCAGUCCCUAUGAAUCGCCUUCUGCAGGGUGAUGUUGGAUGUGGUAAAACUGUUGUUGCUUUUUUGGCAUGUAUGGAGGUCAUUGGCUCGGGUUAUCAGGCUGCUUUCAUGGUUCCAACUGAGUUGCUCGCUGUCCAGCAUUAUGAAAAGUUACUUAAUUUACUGGAGGGUAUGAAGGAGGUUCAGUGCAAGCCUUCUGUUGCUUUACUAACUGGUUCAACCCCAUCAAAACAAUCACAGAUAAUUCGUAAGGGUCUCCAAACUGGACACAUUUCAUUGGUAAUUGGAACCCACAGUUUAAUAGCUGAAAAUGUGGAAUUUUCAGCUCUACGCAUUGCAGUUGUGGAUGAGCAACAUCGCUUUGGAGUGAUUCAGAGGGGAAAGUUUAACAGUAAGUUGUAUAAUACCUCUUUAAGCUCAAGAAUGAGUAUGGCUAACUCUGAUGCUUCGUCUAAAGGUGCUGGCUAUAUGGCCCCUCAUGUUCUUGCUUUGUCAGCCACUCCAAUCCCAAGGACUCUUGCUCUGGCUCUAUAUGGGGAUAUGUCCUUGACACAGAUAACUGACUUGCCUCCUGGAAGAAUUCCUGUUGAAACAUAUAUUUUUGAACAAAAUGAAGCUGGCUUUGAGAAUGUGUUUCAGAUGAUGCUGGAUGAUUUAGGGACAGGUGGAAAAGUAUAUCUUGUAUAUCCAAUUAUUGAAAAAUCUGAGCAAUUGCCUCAGCUUCGUGCUGCUUCAACAGAUUUUGUUGAGAUUUCUCAAAGGUUUAUGGGUCACAGCUGUGGUUUAUUACAUGGAAAAAUGAAGAGUGAUGAGAAAGAUGAAGCCUUAAGACAGUUUAGAUGCGGAGAAACACGUAUAUUGCUUUCUACUCAUGUAGUUGAGGUUGGUGUUGAUGUUCCUGAUGCAUCUAUGAUGGUCGUUAUGAAUGCGGAGAGAUUUGGGAUAGCUCAAUUGCACCAACUUAGAGGUCGUGUGGGACGUGGGAUAAAGAAAUCUAAAUGUAUAUUAUUAGCAGCAGCCAAUAGCCUGAACCGGUUGAAAGUGUUGCAGAGCUCAACAGAUGGUUUUUACCUAGCAAAUAUUGACCUGCUCCUGCGUGGGCCAGGUGAUUUGCUUGGUAAAAAGCAGUCAGGACACCUUCCAGAGUUUCCUAUUGCCAGGUUGGAGAUGGACGGAAAUAUUCUAGAAGAUGCUUAUAUUGCUGCGCUGAAAAUUUUGGAUGCUUCUCAUGAUUUGGAACAAUUUCCAGGUCUCAAAGCCGAGCUUAGCAUGCGACAACCACUUUGUCUUUUGGGAGACUGAUCCUAUGCUUGAGAAAUUAUUGAAGUCAUCAGAUUCAUGUGCAUGGUUAUAGGGGUUGAAUGUGGAACUUUUGAGCCCUCUUGAUAUCAUUGGGAUCUCAGGUUGAACUUUCGUAAACAAUUCUAAAUGCUUUGGGUGGCAGCCUUGUAUAUGAUGUAAAUCUGCUGAAGGUUACUAUACUUUCGAUUGUGGCUUUCAGCGUCCCAUUUUCUUUUAUGGAAAUGUCCUCCAUUGAGCUUGCAUAUGUAACACACGUGUCUCUGUUUUUCCCCUAUUUCUAAAAUUUUAUUUUAUCAAAUAAUAAUAAUAAGCAACGUCCCAUUUUCCUUUUGGGGAAGAGGUCC